AUGGCAUCCGCCUACACCCCAGACCAAAUCUCCCACUUCCUCUCCCACAUCCAGCUCCCCCCCAAAUACCACCCAACCAAGCACCCCACACACGACCUCGCCUUCCUCACUGCCCUACACACCCACACAAUCUCCACAAUCCCCUACGAAAAUCUGACCCUCCACUACUCCGCAACCCGCACCGUCACCCUCGACCCGCAGCGGCUGUUCCAGAAAAUCGUCCUCGAUGGCAGAGGGCGCGGAGGCUACUGCAUGGAGAACAGCCUGCUCUUCAACCACAUGCUCCGCGGUCUUGGAUUCCACGCGUACACCGUUGGCGUGCGCAUUCGGCAUCGAACGGAUGGGGUGCCGCAGGGGAAUUACAUCGGCUGGGUCCACAUAGUAAACAUAGUCACCCUCCCGGACUCCACCCGCUGGAUGCUCGACGUCGGCUUCGGCGGCGACGGCGCCACCGUCCCAGUCCCGCUGGUAGAAAACCAGCCAACGCCAAACAUCGGCACGCAAGAAAUCCGACUCGCCCGCGACUUCCUGCCCGAUCAGACGCUGCGCGACGACCCCGCGCGCCAAAUGUGGAUCUACCAGUACCGCAACGCCGCCGACCGCGAGUGGAAUUCCUUCUACGCCUUCUCGGAGCUGGUCGAGUUUUUGCCCGCCGAUUUUCACGUUAUGAAUUGGUAUACGGGCAGUGCGGCGGAGAGUUUCCAGACGUUUACUACGCUUGUUGUCAAGUUUUUGAGGAGGGCGGGGGAGGAUGGGGAGGGGGAGGUUUAUGGGAAGCGGAUGCUGGUGAAUGGGGUUGUUAAGGAGAAUCUUGGGGGGAGAACGAAGGUGGUGAAGGAGUGUGUGAGUGAGGCGGAGAGGGUGCAGGCGCUGAGGGAGUGGUUUGGGAUUGAGUUGACGGCGGAGGAGCGUGACAGUAUUCGGGGGCAUGUGACGGAGUUGAAGGGGUAG